UAGUAGAAAAAUUAUCUUUCUAUUUCUAUAUUACUUCAUAUGCUAGAUACAUCCUUUGUUUAUAAUACAAUAUAUAUAAUGAAGUGAUUCAACAUACAUUUUUUCACAGUCGGAAGUCGCUGUCUUUAUAAAUAGUUAGUCCAUUUAUCACACUUAUCAACUGUUGUUCGCACACUCAGGAAAUUUCUUGUGAGAGUGAGCCCUGUUGUGUGACUUCAUUGCGAGGUUGGGAAGAUGGGUGCCAGUUCUAGUACUCGCAAGUUAACCAUUCCUAAUAAAGAGGAGGUUGGUGUCAUUAAGCUGUCCACUGCCAUCGUAGAACGUUUACAGGGCAGUGGUGAAACUGCUGCAAAUGUAGCUGCCACUGAUACUGCGGAAGUAGGAACGUCAUUUACACUGGCUGCUCCUCUUCCUGAAAGGAAUUUUGCUCCUCCGCCUUCUGGCGAAGUACCACCUUAUCCAACUCAAUAUCCAGGAUUUACUAUAUCUGCUCUUCAAAUGCAACAAUCUAAACAAAGAGAAAUAGAAGAUCAAGAAGCAUAUUGGAGAAAUCGCUUACGGAAUCUACAAAAGAAUCAUGAAAAAAUCAAUAAAAUCUUGGAGGAUGAAUACAAGAGAGCAGUGGAAGAAUAUUCUACUCCAGCAGGAAAAAGGGAAGCUAUAGCAAAGUAUUCGGCUGUACCUUGCACAGAGAAUAGUCAAAAAGUCCUCAAAUGUUAUCAAGAUCACCCAAAAGAGAUUCUUAAGUGUUCCGAGUUAGUAGAGGAAUUUUCAAACUGUGUUGACCAACGGCGCGCCCGUUUAAUUGCUGCGCGCUGCUAAUACAUCGUUUGAUAUUCAUAGCAAUGCUGAAAUUCUGUGUUCCUAUGCAGAAAUUAAUUAUUUAGUUCCCAAUAAAUUAUGCUCUAAUUUAAGGAUUUAUACGGAGUCAUUUGUGUUGAAACGUACCCAUGAUUCUAUAUACUGAAUCGCAGGCCUGUCCUAAAGUGGGAGCUAUAACAAUGGUUAACUGAGAUGGCUUUAUACAAUGUAAAAAUUGUUAUUGCUGUAUACAUUUAGUGUAUAUUGUUAUGUAUCAUAAGAAUUAAAAAUACUCUAAAAGGUC